AUGGAUUUUGUUUCAGAACGGGAAGUUUGUAAAGAAACCGUAGAAGUAGUCAAGUCCGCAAACGAACUUGGAGACACUGCCCUUCAUUCUUCCUCACGCUUUGGUUUCGUUAACGUGACCUCACGUCUGAUCGAAAAUGGGGCGAACGUAAACGCACAAAACUCGGAGGGCAACGCACCCAUCCAUCUCGCGUCAUUGUACAACAACAACAGUGAUACCGUAGACGUGCUUAUUGCCGGUGGAGCAUCCGUGACCAUUCUCAAUAACGAAGGGAACUCUCCGCUCAUGUUGUCUGCAAUGAAUGACAAGUAUCAUGUUGCCUCAACACUGAUCAAGAAUGGAGCACCCGUUGACUACGCGAGGAAUGACGGCGCAACUGCGCUCCACAUUGCCUCCAUCAAACUACAUGCGAAAACGGUCGAGGUUCUUCUUCUAAAAGGCGCGAACGUCAACUCUAUAAAUGUGGAAGGAGACACACCACUGCACAUGGCCAUUGCCGUCCAUGGGAAGGAAAUAGUAAAUUUGCUGUUGGGCCCCGACGCCUAUAACAAAUUGGUCAAUAUGGAAUGUGCUCCUCUUGAUUCGUCCGAUCUAAAAAAGAACAUUGAUGUGAUUCGUCUAUUAAUUGCGAAGGGUGCCAACGUAUUCGCCAUAAACAAAAAGGGACAGACCCCACUGCAAUUGUUAUCUAAAAAUAGCUAA